UUCGAACUCAGUUGUUUGAAAUCGAUUACAGUAGAAUAUAAAUAACAAUGAAAGUUUUGGCCCUGCUCUGUUUGGGCAUAUCCCUAUUUGACGUGGUAUACAGUUUACCCAGUUUACCAUUCUUCAACAGUGAAGAAGGAUCUAAAAAUGAAUUCCUACAUUCGUCACCCUAUUCACCAGAAGAUCUUCUUGAAGUGAGGAAGAGCCUCAAUCUCUCUUGGACUCCUGAUCCCGAUGAAUUUCUCAGUGUGCCUGAACUCAUAACCAAAUAUGGUUAUCCGGUUGAAGAACAUUUUACCACUACAUCUGAUGGAUACAUCUUAAGGAUGCAUCGAAUUCCUGCCACCAAACCAGGAGUAACACCAAAUAAUCAUGUUGUAUUCCUUAUGCAUGGUGUUCUCAUGUCUUCAUCUGACUGGAUAAUUCUAGGACCUCAGAAAGCUCUCGCUUAUUACCUUGCCGACCAAGGUUUUGACGUAUGGAUGGGCAACGCCAGAGGUAAUACCCAAUCGAAAAACCACACUCAUCUGAAACCAUAUCAAAGAAAGUUCUGGAAAUUUUCCUGGCAUGAAAUCGCCACCAGAGAUCUACCAGCUAUGAUAGACUACACCUUGAAAGUAACAAAGAAGAAAGCCCUAUUUCACAUUGGCCAUUCUCAGGGUACCACCACGUUUUACGUCAUGUGUUCAGAAUUACCAAAAUACAACAAAAAAAUCAUCGCCCACGUCAGUUUGGCACCGAUUGCUUACAUGAAGAACGCUUUCAGUCCUCUUUUGAGACUUGUCUCCAAAUUGCUUGUUGUUCCAAAGACCUUGUUGAAUCUAUUUGGAAUUGAUGAAAUCAUGGCCCAUAGUUCACUUAUGCAAAUGUUGGGAGACAAUUUUUGCGCAGUGGGUGAAAGAACUGAGUUUCUUUGCAGAGAUUUCCUUUUCCUCGUCACUGGUUUUGACCAUGCUGAAUUCAAUGACACUAUGCUUCCUGUUUUCUUGGCUCAUACACCAGCAGGUGCUUCAACCAGACAGUUGUACCAUUAUGCACAACUCUUCAACUCAGGAAAAUUCAGACAAUAUGACUACUUCCCCUUCAAUUCACUUCACUAUGGACCACUUCAUCCAAUCAAUCCACCAUCUUACAACUUGAAGAAAGUGAAGGCUCCAGUCUAUCUUUUCUACAGUAACAAUGAUUGGCUUUCCCACCCGAAGGAUGUCAAAACGCUCUGCAAAAAAUUGGGCAAUUGCAAAGCGCAAACAUUGGUAGCUGAGAAUAGAUUCAACCACUUGGAUUACGUUUGGGGAAACAACGCAAAACAGAGAAUCUAUUCAGAGGUUAAAGAUGAGGUUUUGGAACAAUCAAUGAAGGAAUGGAAUCUGAAGAAUUCGCUUCUUACAGAUGAAUUUGAUGAUGAUGAAGAAGAAGAAGUUUAUGAGGAGGAUUAUGAUGAAGAUUACAGUGAUGAUGAGGAAUGAUUUAAAAUUAAAUUUGUUGGCUUAAUUUCUUUAAAAUGUUGACUAAAAUGCUGAAAAAAAUGAGAUUGUCAUUAAUGCUAUUAAAACUAUCUAUACAACCAUAAAAAUAAGUAAUAUUUUGAGGUUUUAACGUAACUA